AAUCAGACCUACAGUUGGAAGUAAAUCAGAAAGUUAAAGAAAUAGAAAGUUAUUAAGGAAAAACUUCCAUAAAAAAUAGAUAAAAAAUAGUGCCAUUAGAAGACAUAUUUUAUUCUUAUUACUAUAUUACUUUCUUUAGAUUUAAAAAAUAAAAAAUAAAUAAAAUACAAAAUGACCGUUCGCGAUUAUAUUCGAAAGUUCUUGUUGAUGAACUGGAAGAACCACAAGAUACAGAUAUCGAAUCCAUUGGAACUGACGAUCCUGACCUUCUCCGCCCCCCUCUUCACCAUGAUGGCAGUGAUACUGCGAUGUGUGAUCCCAGUGGACCAGAGAUCGGACAAGGUGUACGAACCGAUCGACUUGGAUCGAUCCUGGCUGGAGAUGAUCGAGGCGAUGGAGCGAUCCCAGAAAUCGGCCAAGGAUCAUAACUACGGAAGUAAUACGUUCUGCCCGGAACUGAUCAUUGGAUGGGCGCCCGAGUCCUACAACAUAUUCGAGGAGCUAAUGAUGAUAGCGGCCCGAUCCCUGACCUCCAUGAAGAUCUCCAAGUAUGCCGUUUGCGAGGACCUGGAGGAGGCCAUCCGUACGGAUCACAUAUUCGCGGGAAUUUGUUUCGACAACUCCCACUUCGAGGUGGACUAUGUGUUUGAGGAUGGGGUCCUGGCCAGUGACAUGUCCAUCAAGCCGGUCCUCAACUACACGAUCAUCCUGCCCAGCGAGCUGCGCCGGUCGGAGGGCGUCUUUGCGGUGGCCAACUGGAUGACUCUCUACAAGGACGAUCCAAGGGAUUACACCUUAAACCGGCUGAAUCAGCCGUAUACGGGUGGCUAUGUUGGCUACGUCCGGGAGGGAUUCAUUCGAAUGCAGAAGACAGUCACGGAGUCCUUUCUUCAAGUCAUUAGCCGGAAGCCUCUACCGAAGGUGGUACUAAGACGGUUUCCGGUUCUUGGGCGGAAGGAGGACUCAUUGAUGAUAUUUCUGGAGUACGGAAUGGCAUUGCUGAUUAUAAUGGGCUAUCUGUUUCCAUCACAGUUGCUGGCUUGGCAAAUGGUUAGCGAAAAACAGUCGCAAUUGCGUUUAUUUCUCAUCAAUAUGAACAUUGGCAACAUAAUUCACUUUCUGUCGUGGUAUUUCAAGGGAGUCCUUUACUUAUUCAUCAGUUCCUUGAUCGUGACACUUCUCCUGAAGGUCCACUGGAGUAACGAUCAUGCCGUGCUGACCCAGACCCCCUGGUACAUCGUCCUCCUUGUCCUGAUGACCUACAACCUGUCCAGCACUGGCAUGGUCAUGAUGAUAUCAUCCUUCUUCCGGGACACUGUCCAUGCCGUUCGGGUGGUCACCAUCGUCUGGGCGGUGUCCUACAUGCCCUCCUUUGUCCUGUGGAACAAUCCGGAAGUCAAGAUCCUUACACUGCGCUAUGCCUCCUUCCUCCUGCCCAAUGUCGUGGCGAUGAUGGUGUUUGAGUGCAUUGUGGAACGGGAAAUGCUGUUCCAGAACACCUGGGACAACAUCUCCUACGAUCUGAACUACAACAAUGGCCCCAUAUCGGUGCAGACCAGUACCUGGGUGUUCCUAACCCAUGCGGUGAUCUACUCCAUCGUCGGGAUGUAUCUGGAUAUGUGGCGGGGCGUGGAUCGGUCCACCCAGAAGCUGAAGAGACCGAAUCGAUCGAAUAGUUUGGGGGAGGACGGAUACCAUGAUCGGGGGGACAGUUUCAGCCACCAGGGCCAGGGCAUUGGGGUGAACUCCACCAAGAUCUACGAGGUGGAACCCUCCCAUCGACGCUUCAAGAUCAAAAUCAAGAAGCUCUGCAAGCGAUUCGCUCCCAACGACCGUCCGGCCCUCAAUCUCUUCACCUGGAAUGUCUACGAGAACGAGGUCACCGUCCUCAUGGGCCACAAUGGAUGUGGCAAGUCGACACUGUUGAAGAUUCUGGCCGGUCUGCAGGAGCCCAGUCGCGGCACUGUCAUGGUCUCGAACUAUAACAUCCAAACGGAACGGAAGGCCGCCUCCAUGGAACUGGGCAUCGCCUUCAACAGCGACAUGCUCCUCUCCAGCCUCACGGUGAUGGACAAUUUGAGGUUCAUUUGCCGGGUGAAGGGCAUGCACAGCUCCACGGAGGUGGACGAGCAGGUGGCCUUCUACAUGUCCACCCUUCAACUGGACACAAUCAAGAACAAACGCCUCCGAAACCUGACGCAACGCGACAUGUGCCUCGUUACCAUUUGUUGCGCCUUUGUGGGGCAUAGUCCCAUUAUCCUCAUCGAUGAUGUCCACUCCGACCUGGACAAGGGCUCCCAGGCCCUCGUCUGGGCUUUGAUCAAUGAGGAGAAGUCCCGCAGGACCAUCAUCCUGGUCUCCAACUCACCGGUAUUGGCCGAAAACAUAGCCGAUCGCAUGGCCAUCAUGUCGAAUGGAGAGCUCAAGUGUACGGGGACUAAGCCGUUUCUGAAGAAUAUGUAUGGACAUGGCUAUAGAUUGACCUGUGUCAAAGGCAGAAACUGUAAGAUUCGAGAACUCAACGCCCUAAUGGCCCAGUACAUGCCAAAUCUUACCAUUGAGACCAACAUUGGCUACAAAAUCACCUUCGUUCUGGAGAACAAGUACGAGGAUCAGUUCCCCUACCUCAUAGACGAUCUGGAGGAGAAUAUGAAGAAGCUGGAUGUGGUCAGUUUCCGGAUAAGGGACACCUCAAUGGAGGAGAUCUUCCUGAGGUUCGGAUGCGAGGAGAACGAUCCAAUGGGAGGCACCCAGUCGAUGGAUAAUCCAAAUACCCUGGUGGACGAGUACUAUGCGACUUUGGACGAGGCCGACCAGAAGGGGAGGUUGAGUGGAGUGAAGUUGGGACUUCUACAGUGCAGAGCCAUCUUCCUAAAGCGUUGGAUUUUGGCCAAAAGACAUUGGAUCGUGAAGCUGUUCGAGUUCUUUGGCUUUCUGGUGGCCUUCCUGUGCACCUUCGCCGGGACCUUCAUCUAUGGGAAGAACUACGAACUGAUCCCGCUGACCUACAACCUCAGCCAGCUGCCGACGAUCGAUGCCUUCGCCGAACUCUUCUCCAAUGACAAGGACGCCACCGAUAUGCAUGCCUAUUACCGGGAACUGCUCUACUGGUACGAUGCCAAUGUCCUCAACCUGGCCAAGAGUGAUGACGAGAAGUACGCCCUGCUGAACAACUCGGAACUGACCAGCAAUGUCAACUACAAGUUCAUGUUCGGGGCCACCUUCGAUCGCGAAGUGGUGACCGCCUGGUUCAAUAAUAUUCCACUUCAUGCCGCUCCCUUUGCCCUCAAUGUGGUCCAUAAUGCGGUGGCCAGGCACUUCUUCGACGAAGAAGCCACCAUCGAUGUCACCUUGAAGCCUUUGAAGUUCGCCACUAAAAUAGAUACCUUUCCGCCCGGCUCUCAUGGCGUGGGCAGUGUCCUGGCCAUUAAUCUCUGCUUCCUGCUGGGCUUCAUUUGGCCAGCACUCUCUAUUUAUCUGAUCCGGGAGCGAUGCAGUACUCUGAAGAAGCAACAGUUCCUGGCUGGCGCCAGAUUCGUCACAUACUGGAGCUACACUCUCCUCUACGACUUGCUCCUCAUGGUGGUUCACACUUUGGUUCUGCUGGCCAUGGUCGCAAUUUACCUUCAUCCUGUUCACAAUUUGUCCUUCUACUUUUUCCUCAUGCUGGUCUUCGUGAUGGGCUGCCUGUGGCUGGUCUUCUCCACCUACUUGGUGGCCGAGAUCUGCUCGAAUCCCUGCCUGGGCUACAUGAGUCUCUGCUGCAUGGCCAGUGUGGGAGUGGUGUGCUACACCAUAGUGUACUCCCAUCACUCCAUCAAGCCCUCCACUGUCCUGCAGUUCUUCGCCUUCUAUGUGGUGGCCGAGAUCAUCUUCAUACUCUUCCUAACCGUCGAGCAUCAGAUAAUCUGCUCCGAUAACUUUGUCAGAUUCGCCUCCAAAGUGGUCUACAAUUGCAACUCCGUUCCCAAUUGUUGCAAGGAAAUAACCUUCACUGCCCCGGACACUCGACUGGCCAAUUUGUUCAUUGUUCUGACAUGUCAUUUGUUCGUGGCCGCCAUCGCCAUGUUGUUCGUCGAGUUCCAUUCGAUUAUGGGCUUCGGGUUCUGUCGCGGCAGCUCCAAGAGAUCCAAUCACUUGCCAGGAGGUGAGGACAUGUCCAACAGCUGGAUGAUCCGCAGCCAUGUGUCCAUGCCAACGGCGAACGCACCCGCCCAGACCGAACACCAUCGGGUUAGCCGAAUGCCCUCAAGAUCCCGUCCAGAACAUGCCGCCGUCCUCUUGGGCAUCUGUGUCAAGAGGCGUAAGGUUGAUAUUCUCAAGAAUUUGGAUUUCUUUUUGGAGAAAAAAGAAUGCGUUAAUAUAUCAGGAACCAAUAGCUCCGGCAAGACCACUCUCCUGAAAGUCCUAGUGGGUGAGACCAAGAUGAGAAGUGGCCGGAUCUGGAUCUGUGGUCAUUCGAUGGAGAGAUACCGCCUGAGGUGCUAUCGCCUCAUCGGUUACUGCCCGCAGUGGGACCGCCUGCCGGCGGAGUACACGCCCCGGGAACUGAUGUUCCUGAUGGCCCUCAUCCAGGGCCAUCGCAAGACCAUGGCCCGGGAACUGUCAGAGUCCCUGCUGCGGAUGCUGGCCCUCACCUCCUGCUGGAAUCAGUCGGUGCGCCUCUGUACCUCCGGACAGACGCGUCGUCUGCUAUUCGGAGUGGCUGUGAUGGGAUCGCCACAACUGGUCCUGAUCGAUGGGGUGCCGGCUGGUAUAGAUCCCACCGGGAAGAGGACCGUCUUCACAGUUACCUCGCUGAUGCAGUCGCGGGGCUCCAGCUUCAUCUACACACAUCUGAAUAACUUGGACGCGGAGAGGCUAUGCCAGAGGAUACCCGUCCUGAUGUCGGGACAGCUGUGGAUGGUCGGAUCCUUCGACGAGGUCAGCCAGAACUACGAGGAGGGCUACCAGCUGGAGGUGCGAUUCAAGCGAAAGGUCAACCCGAAUGUCAGCAUGUCCAGGACCACCUGGAACCGGAUCAAUCACUUCCCCAUGUCGCCGCAGAAAAAGUUCAGCGCCUUUAUGGAAAUUAAAUUCCCCGAGGCCGUUCUCAAGCGAGAGAAGGAGGACUCUAUGGUUUUCCAAAUGCCAAUCGACUCAACCUCAUUUUCGGAAAUAUUUUUGAUCAUUCGCAAGGACGCUUUUGAAAUGAACAUCGAGGACUACUUCAUCACCCGAAAUAUGCGAAUGGGUCUGGAAAUUUACGUCUACGAUCGAGAUUUUGAGGAGCCCCAUCCCUAAACGACUAGUUAUUAUGGAAAAACACAAAUUUACAAACAAUUUUUGGAUACUUUUUUCACACUUUCGAAAAAAUAAUAAAUUUCUACAUAAGUUUCAACUGAAAUUGAGAUGUUUUCUGAAAGGAGGAGAGCUAUAUCAC